AUACAACUUGGAAUGAACAGGGAAAGGCUGAAUGUUUUACAGAUAACUUUUGUAAUGUAUGUGGAGUGCUGCUACAGUUUGAAUCACAAAGGAUUUCACAUUAUGAGAGUGAAAAACAUGCUCAAAAUGUUAGGUUUUAUUUUCAAAAGCAUGGAGAACAAAAUGAAGUGCCUAGUAAGAAAACGAAGAUGGAUGUUAGAAAUUUUCAGGUGCAUAAGAGUGAAGUAGUGGACAGAAACAAAUUUUGUGAUCUCUGCAACAUGAUUUUUAGCUCCCCAAUUGUUGCUCAGUCUCACUAUGUGGGGAAAGUUCAUGCUAAAAAAAUGAAGCAAUUAAUAGAGGAGCAUGAUCAGGUAUCUCCAUCAGGAUUUGAGCUGGAGAUGGCAUUUAGUACAAGAACCUACGUUUGUCAUAUUUGUAAUAUCACCUUUACAUCUUUAGAAAUGUUCCGGUCCCAUAUGCAAGGAAGUGAACAUCAAAUUAAAGAAUCUACUGUUAUCAGUCUAGUGAAGAAUUCAAAGAAGACACAAGACUCUUACCAAGAGGAGUGCACAGAUUAUAUCAAAGUGCAGAAAGUUAGAGAACCAGAGCCCAAAGCUUGUUUCAGAAAGAUGGAAGAGAGUUCUGUGGAAGCCCAUGGUUAUAAAGAAGUGGUUGAUUCCAGAUCCAGACAUAGAAUGUUUGAACAAAGAUUCCCAUGUGAGACAUUCCAGUCAUACCCAGGAUCGUACAAUAUUUCACAAACAGUGGAAAACCAGUUACCUCAUUGCUUACCAGCUUAUUCAAAGAAGACAUAUGACUCUUUCCAGGAUGAACUGGAAGAUUACAUCAAAGUACAGAAAGCCAGAGGAUUAGAUCCAAAGACUUGUUUCAGAAAGAUAAGAGAGAGCUCUAUGGAAACCCAUGGGUACAGAGAAGUCGAUUCUGGACCCAGACAAAGAAUGUAUGAGCAAAGAUUUUCAGUUGAGACUUCCUACACCUACCAACGACCAUACAAUAUAUCACCAGUGGAAAGCCAGUUACAUCAGUGGUUACCAACUUAUUCAAAGAGGACAUAUGAUUCUUUCCAGGAUGAACUUGAAGAUUACAUCAAAGUGCAGAAAGCCAGAGGACUAGAGCCAAAGACUUGUUUUAGAAAGAUAAGUGAUAGCUCUGUGGAAACUCAUAAGUACAGAGAAAUGGUUGAUUCUAGACCCAGACAUAGAACAUUUGAGCAAAGACACCCAUUUACAACUUCCCUGACCUAUCCAGAAUCAUACAAUAUUUCACAGGCAGUGGAAAACCAGUUACCUCAUUCCUUACCAGCUAAUGAUAGCAAACAGAAACUAGACUCUAUGAAUGACUGUCAACUCAACAGAGACUAUUUCCCAGAAAAACCAGUACCCCUUAGCCUUAGUCAGCAAGAAAAUAACUCUGGCUUAUACAGUGUAGAAUCUGAAGUUUACAAUCACCUCCCCUCAGAAAACAAUACCAGUGACCCUCAAGCAGGCCAUAAACGGAGACAUCAGAAGAGAAGAAGGCACUCAGAGGAAGGCAAAGAAAGGCCAGAGAAAGAGCAAUCCAAGCAUAAAAGGAAAAAGAAUUAUGGGGAUAUGAGUCUAGACAAGGACAAGAGUAUCGAACAAAGGAAAAGAGAGGGAGAUAACAUCAGUGUAAGUUCAGGAAAGCUUAAGCACCGAAAAAAGAAAAAAAACCAUGAUGUACCCUCUACAAAAGAUGAACGUAAACACAGGAAAGAGAAAAAGAAAUCUGUUGAAGAAAAGACAGAAGAGGAAAUGCUUUGGGAUGAGUCUAUUCUUGGAUUUUGAACUUUUAGUUGUAUUUACCUGAAGAUGAAUUGAA